AUGAACCUCAACUUCACCUCGCCAGUGCACCCCGUCUCCGCGCCCAGGCCCACAUCCUUCUUCAUCGAGGACAUCCUCCUGCACAAGCCCAAGCCCUUGCGGGAGGUGCCCCCCGAGCACUUCCCCGGCUCCUUGGCCUCUCGCGUCCCCCUCUUGGACUAUGGGUACCCCCUGAUGCCAACCCCGACCCUCCUGGCGCCUCACCCGCACCCUGCCCUGCACAAGCCGGAGCAUCACCAUCACCCCUAUUUCCUCACCACCUCGGGUAAGUGCAGCCCUUCGCGGGAGGAACCUGCGGAGUUUGUGACCAGGUGGCCCCAGGGAGGGGGGACUCAGGUGAAAACCUGGUUCCAGAACCGGCGGAUGAAGCACAAAAAGCAGCUGCGGAAAACCCAGGAGGAUCCC